UAAGGCGUGCACAGACAGUUUUCCUGAGUAGCGCUGAGGCCGCCCAGACUCUCACCAUCAUGACCACCUGGAAACCAGUCCAGAACCUGACCAUAUGGUUGACGAUGCUUCUGCUCUGCUCCAAUCAGCUGAGAGCACAGCUCGGGACGACCGCCAACAUCAGACACAUCGUGGUGGGACGGUGUUAUAGCUACAUCACCCUCGUCAACCCCAGUCUGAGGUUUGACUGUGAGGAGAUGUGGAGACGGUUUGAGGAGGCGGUGCUCCGUCAGUCUUCUUGUAAUGUGACGGUGGAGAAUUAUCAGCAGAUGUUUUAUUCCAUCCCACAAACUAGGCCGUGUGACAGGGUGAGUAUCACUUUCACCAAAGAACUUUCAUCCUUUUUUAAUUCAUACCUCGAUUCUUCUACUGCUGCCAAGUUUCUCUUCUGGAGUAAAACCAGGACUCUGAUGCAGAGCUACAAAGCUGUUGUCCGUGACUCCUGGACGCUGGAGGACACGCUGGUGGGCUUCUUGUUCAACGACCUCAUUUGGUGCAGACAAGAGGAACAAGCAGGUUUUGAUUUCAGCUCUUGUCCAGCCUGGUCAGCGUGCAGGAACCAUGCUGUGUAUUCUCUGUGGCUUCAAGCCUCUCAGUCUUUUGCAGAAAUGGCUUGUGGUAACAUCACUGUGUUACUGAACGGCUCCAUCAUCAACGCCUUCGACGGGAAAAGCAUGUUGGGAAGUGUUGAACUGGACCACCUGAAUCCACAAAGGGUGAACUAUGUCAACAUUAAGGUGGUGGCCGAUCUACAGGGACCAUUUAUAGAAUCAUGUAGUCAAGGAUCCAUCGUGGACCUGAUCCACAUCCUCCAGUCCAGAGGUUUCCGCUGGACGUGCUCAGACAACGAUCAGACCCUGAUGAUUCUUCAGUGCCUCCGGGACCCGAAACAAUCCGUCUGCCAGACAUACGCCAACAGCCUGUCACACAGACAGUCUCACAUCCAACUGAAUCACACACAAGUUUAACAUCUAGUGUGUAGUCUUGUUGACUGUGCAGGUGUUUGGAUGAGUUGUUGUAUAAAGUAUCAAAGAACUGUUGGUGAGAGUCGGUUCAUUUGGCUCCAGCCGCUCAUGUUUGGGCCCACUGCAGGUAAAACCAGUUACGCGUUUACUUUCUACUGUUUGUGAUGUGGAAUUAAUGGCUCCACAUUGUUCACACAGUAACUGGUCGAGCAAGUUUUAAGUUUUGCAUCCUGCUGCUCAAAAGCAUUUCUCAACACGUUCACUGCUGUCUGACCUUUGAAUACAGCCCAUGUGCAUCUUUCAGCAGCUGAUUAGACUCUAAUUGCAUGAAACCUGUUACUUCUUGCAUGAAUAAAUUGUGCAGCCAAGUGACAGUCCCAAAAUGUUAUAACAGUUUCAUGACACAGAUUGAUUUUAACUAACUUAACAAACGACAAACCAGUGUUGAUUCACCUCAGUUUAUUUGUAAAGAAACAGUUGAAACUGUAUUUUUUAUACCUGCUGGUUACUUUGCAGAUUCGAAUCAACCAUAAAAAAUAUAAUCAUCAAGUUAAUGAUAUGGUCUUUGGAGAUUAAGGUAGGAACAGUAACACUGAUCCCUUCACAAACUAAACACAUCCCAACUACUGCAAAGGAAAUAAGCAUAUUAAUGCAGUAAUAAUAUUUGAACUACAGCAUAAAUCACUGUCCAGUGUUAAAGUACAAGUUGACAUGUCUUUUGUUUUGGA